CGUCGCGGGGCUCCAAACCCCCUUCGCCGGCCGCCAUCCGAACGCCGCCUCUGGAAACCAAACCGACGGCGACAUAACCCCACUAUCAGUAUUUCAAAAACGCAUGGCCCAAGGCGGCCUAGGACAAGCCAUGGAGUACAAACAUACCCAACACAGCCGUCAUCCCCAGCCUCGGAACCAUGGCGCAGGUUGGAGUUGUCUAUUUCCCGUAGACUCCGGCAAACCAUUACGAUUGAUCAGGAUACUACGAGGGACUUGGUAUCGUAAUGUAACUAGAGGCGCAUUAGUGCUCCGGUUCAACCUCCUGUUUCUUCGAGCUCCAGGCCCUGGAGAGGGAUGUUUCGUAUCGGAUGUUCCAGAUUUAGAGAAUUAUGCGAAACUCGUUUGGGGCUGGGAAUCGGAAAAGUAGAUAUGGCGGGAAUGGGUGCGUGGGAGUGUCAUACUGGCCUAGGUGUAUUUGUGGGCGGGCGAUAGUCCAAAAGUACAAUGUUCGGGAGACAGCGAUCAAAGAUAUCGAAACCCCAUAAUGAGUAGUGGAGCGACGUCGAUAAUACCUAGACAACCCGGACGAACACAUAGAGUCUACCUUACAUAUCCGUGGGAGUGCAU